AUGUGUGAUCAUGUGGAGCAAAACGAACUGAAAAUCGGUAUACCAGUAUCAGUUCUGGUACGACAAUUACUACUGUGCACAACAAACGUAUCGUUCUCCUUCCUUGGUUGGGCUUACAGACAAAUUGACGGUGUCGCAAUCGGAACUCUAUUGAGCCCCAUUCUGGCACAUAUGUUUUUGGCUCAUCUUGAGGAAAAGGCGAGCAAAAUCCUCGAACGUUCACAACUUUACAAACGAUACGUUGAUCAUGUUCUAGUCAUCACAAUAAGUCUAGAAGAGACAACAUGGAUUAUGGAUGAACUCGAUCGCCUGCAUCCGAAUAUACGAUUUACGAUGGAAACAUAA